AUGGAGAGAACGAUGAAUUGUGGAGGAAAGAGAAACAGGAAGCGAAUAAAAGAGAUGGAAAGGAAAAGAGAGACGAAAAUAGGGCUUUGGUAUAUUGUGCCUUGUAAACAACAACUUCGAACAAGAUAUUACGAUGCUUUGCUGGAUUAUAUGGAUUAUACAACAAGGAAUUUGCCCGCAGGAAGAGGGUUAUUUAAAAUGACAUUCACUCGGGUGGUACAUUUUCUAGCAGAUGGAAGAAUGGAACAUCCUCUGUAUUGCUUUUCAAAGCAGUCUGAUGGAGAGUAUUUGGUGUCUCAUGCCAUUGUUCAACGAAUACAUCGAGGAAAACGCGCUGCAACUGAUAUAUGCUCAUGGUCUGGACAUAUUGCAGAAUGUGAGCUGGACGAGAACACAUCAAAGGAAUUCCGGUACUUCAGCGAACCCCGUCACGAUCUUGUCGUCUGCAUGGCUGCAAUGUACAUCUACACUGACUGGCAAACGCUUUUAGUCGGCAUUGAGACAUGGCUCGCUCUUGGCGCAACGAAAAUCGUAGUACCAGUCCAAUCAGCUUCCGUUUCAUGCCACAGGAUCUUGAAAGAAUAUGAAAGAAGAGGUUUGGUGAUAAUACGAACAUGGCCAAAGUGGCCUAUACUUUCCGACUCGAAUCCGAAUGGUCUCGUACUCAGCAGAGGUAUUGAAGAAUCACAUGUGAAUUGUCUAUUCUUUGCCAAACCGUGGGCAAAUAUGAUCGCCUUCUCUGAUAUCGACGAUAUCCUCCUUCCAACAGACCCAAUGGACGUUGAAGCUGGAAUGAAUAUAAAAAUACUAAAGGGUCUUUUCGCAGAACAUCCGCAAGCCGGAUCAUUGUUGUUCGAGCACCGUGAUGUUCAAUUUCAACUGCCCGUACAGCAGGAACGAGUAACAACAAUUUCCAACUUUAAUUUCGACUUUCUGAUGAACUCGAAGUAUAAGAUGAAUUGUCGUGUCGAUUCCGUGAACAUGCACGAAACUGGAAUUCAUCGAUUUGGAUAUGUACAAACGAGGGUACCGUGCCGACAGGCACAUUUCUAUCAUUUACGACAUUCUCAUCACUCCGUAUCAAAUGCUGUAGAAAUUGACAUGUCGAACUUGGCUACAUCACUGAACAGACAAUGGUAUAAACGACUUGAUACGUUCACAAAAUUAAAGGAUGUCCCAUUGAAUGAAUCGACAACUGAAUCGUUCGAGGAUUUCGAUCGUUGUAUGAGUGCAAUAAAUGACGAGCACUGGACGCUACACUUAUACCAUUUCAGAGAUGUGGACUGUGUAGCAACCCGAGCAGAGUUCGACUUCUUCCGCUCCGGUGUUGGCUACUUCCUACAUUCAAGAAAUGCAUUCAUUGGACCAUCCGAUCCGAACUGUGAAGCACCCGUACCACCAAUUGUUGCUGGAAAUCAUUAUUUCGCUCCGUAA